AUGGAGAAUGUAAAGGCGGAAGAGUCCCUCCCAAACGGCAUGGAGAACGCCGAGCCAGAGUACCACUACGAUAUGCUCAAAAGGCACAGCUCGGAAAUGAAAAAAGAUCUCCUGGAGUGGUAUUACAAAUAUAGGAGAAAACUACCCUGGCGGAAUGACCCACCACCGUACACGACCAGCGUUCAGGUGCCGGAGGGAACACCACAAAGCGAUAUAAGGAGCUACUUCUGCAAAAAGGGAGAUGCUCAAAUUAGCAAGAAUAAUGCCAAUAGAGAAAAUGGAACGAGACUUAUUACAAAAGGGAGGAAAAAGGACCAAGAGCAGUUACCCCUCCGGGAGGUAAAACGAGCUAAAAAUGAAUGUGUACAGAAAUCAUCUGUGCUGAAGAAAUUAUCUGUUCUGAAAAAAUUACCUGUACAGAACAACUCACCUGAGGAGUGCAAAGGCCAGCCCAGCAAUGAGUUGGAGGCUACCCAGGGGCAAUGUGUGACCACCCUGAUUAGUAACACCAAGGUAGAAGUAAAACAAGAGGAUGGUUCAUUGUCCCCAAGUGAGAAAGAACACUUAAGUGUUCGGGGGUAUCAAAUAUACGUAAGCGAAAUAAUGCUUCAACAAACGAGGGUUCACGCAGUUGUUAAUUUCUACCUUAAGUGGAUGAACAAAUGGGGUACUAUUUUCGAGUUAGCCAAAAGUAACCUGGAUGACGUUCUUAUAGAGUGGAAGGGAUUGGGGUAUUACAACAGAGCGAAGAACCUACUAGACUGUUGCAAACAUGUGGUUGACAAAUACGAUGGAGUGUUUCCUAACGAUUUAAAGUUACUCAAAGAGUUACCAGGAAUAGGAGAUUACACGUCCAAGGCGAUAUGCAUACAUUUGUACAACAGCAAAGAUAUAUGCAUCGACACAAAUGUGAUUAGAAUUUUUUCUAGAAUUACAGACACGAUUAAUUAUAGCAGCUCCACGGCUUUAACGAAACACUGUGAACGGGUGAGCCACGUUUUGUGCGCAGAUGACUCCAAUUAUUCUGACCUCAGCCAGGCUUUAAUGGACUUGGGGUCCAGCAUUUGUAAUGGCUCCCCCCAGUGUGCUCAGUGUCCCUUGAACAAGCAUUGCCUCAUCUAUUUGAAGAAGAAGAACAAUAAUAAUAAUAGUAAUAGUAAGAGUAAGAAAAGGGACAGUUCGUUUUAUAUGCCCCACCCCGAUGGAUGCAAGCUGUGCGUCCAAGACAGAAACGUAGAAAUUAAGUGUGUUCCCUUGACCAAGAAAAAGAAGAAAAAGGAAAAAAUAUGCCUCGUUCUGCUGGUAAAGCGAAGUGUCUGUCCAAAGGGGAAGAACGCAAAUAUAACAAGCAAGGUGGAAAAAAGGAGCACGAAAAAAAAAAAAAUUACCUUAACGGGUCAGAAAAGAGGAGAACAAAUGGAGGAUGACUACUACUUGAUGAUAAAGAACACAAACUCGAAUUUGUUUUCAAUGCAUUAUUUGUUUCCCCUUUUGCUCUUGGACCAGUUUGAUAAAAAACUUGCGCACACGCAUUUAAAUGGGUUGCUGGGUAGCCUAAAUUUGAGCAAUAUCCUGGAGGAUUCCUUCACCUACAUUAAUAAUUUUAAGCAUGUGUUUUCUCACCUCACAUACGACACGCACAUUUACGUAUGUUCUGUCCUGAACGCGGAAAAUAUUACAGAGAGGAAGGAAAAUGUCUGGAUAAAGUUGAAAGACAUUCAGGACUUCACGCACAACAGCUUUUGUCAAAACAUAAUAGACCACUACAGAAAAAGCGUGACUGAGUCUAGGAUGUAUCUCUCAUAA